UUAAUGCAAAGCUUAGCAUAACCUCAAAACGUAAAUAAAUAUCAGUCAGUUAAUGAGCGAAUUGCUUUAAAUUUAACUUAUAGUGAAUUUGACCAUAAUAACGAACUAGUUUUAUUUUAUAACAUCAAUUUAUUACAGGGAUAGACGAAUAAGUCACAAUGUCUAUCGAAAUAGAAUCUGCAGACGUGAUCCGGUUGAUCCAGCAGUACCUGAAGGAGUCUAAUCUCACGCGCACGCUUCAGACGCUGCAGGAAGAAACAGGUGUGUCACUGAACACGGUGGAGAGUGUGGACGGAUUUUGUGCAGACAUCAACAGUGGGCACUGGGAUGCCGUACUGGGCUGCGUAGCGGCACUAAAGCUGCCAGAGCGCAAGCUGGUGGAGUUGUAUGAACAGGUGGUCUUGGAGCUGAUCGAGCUGCGCGAGCUGGGCGCGGCGCGGCAGCUGCUGCGCAACUCGCACCCCUGCAGACUGAUGAAGCAGCACCACACAGACCGCUACAUACACCUUGAGAACCUCCUCUCCCGCUCGUACUUCGAUCCUCGCGAGGCGUACGGCGCGGGCGGCGGCAAGGAGCGGCGCCGCGCCGCCAUCGCCGCCUCGCUCGCCGGCGAGGUGUCCGUCGUGCCGUCCAGCCGGCUGCUGGCGCUGCUGGGGCAGGCGCUCAAGUGGCAGCAGCACCAAGGGCUGCUCCCGCCAGGCACAACCAUCGACUUGUUCCGAGGCAAGGCCGCUAUCCGAGACGAAGAAGACGACCAGUGCCCCACGCAGCUGUUCAAGACCAUCAAGUUCGGGCAGAAGUCCCACGUGGAGUGCGCCCGGUUCUCCCCUGACGGCCAAUACCUCGUCACCGGCUCCGUGGAUGGGCUAGUUGAGGUGUGGAACUUCACGACGGGCAAGAUCCGCAAGGACCUCCGCUACCAAGCUCAAGAGGAAUACAUGAGCAUGGAGGAAGCAGUUCUCAGCUUAGCGUUCGCGCGCGACUCCGACACGCUCGCCGCCGGCGCCAACGACGGCCGCGUCAAGGUGUGGCGCGUAUCAACGGGCGCAGUGCAACGCCGCCUCGACCGCGCGCACUCCCGCGGCGUGACGUCACUGCAGUUCAGCCGGGACUCCUCCCAGCUACUGUCGGCCUCCUUCGACCGCACCGUGCGCAUCCACGGACUCAAGUCCGGGAAGUUGCUUAAGGAGUUCCGCGGACACACGUCGUUUGUUAACGAGGCGGUGUUCACCCCCGACGGGCACGGCGUGCUGUCGGGCAGCAGCGACGGCUCCGUGAAGCUGUGGGCGCUGCGCACCGGCGAGUGCUCCGCCACGCUCAAGCCGCUCGGCGCCGCGGGCGAGGCCGCCGCCGGCGCCGAGCCCCCCGUCAACACGCUGCUGCUCACACCCAAGAACCCCGAGCAUUUUGUCGUCUGCAACCGGACUAACACUGUGGUGAUAAUGAACACGGCCGGGCAGACGGUGCGCUCGUUCUCGUCGGGGCGGCGCGAGCGCGAGGGCGGCGCGCUGACCGCCGCCGCGCUGUCCGCGCGCGGCCGCCUCGUCUACUGCGCCGGCGAGGACCUGGUGCUGUACGCCUUCUGCGCCAACACCGGCAAGCUGGAGCGGACCAUCAACGUCCACGAGAAGGCCGUGAUCGGCAUGACGCACCAUCCGCACCAGAACCUGCUGGCCACCUACAGCGAGGACGGCCUGCUCAAGCUCUGGAAACCCUGAGCCGACCUGUUCCUUCCGUGUCUUAUAAGGAUCGGAGCUGCCAUGCCAUUUCCACUGCAGAUUUUCAUGGAGCUCGCAUUUAUUCAAUUAAGGUCAGGUGGGGUAAGAGAAACACCGGGGCAAGAAAAACUCUUGUAUGGAAUCUUCAUACUGAUUCUCUUGCCCCAAGCAAAAUAAAGUAUGUUUCACUUACCCAACUUGAUCUUACUUACUUUUCAACAUACUUGCUCGUAAUGUGAAACUUAUUGAACCGCUUUGAGGGUCAUUAAAUUAAACCCACGUCUUUUUUCAUUAUAAUUAUCGAACUUUUGCGGUAAUGUUAUAUUUAUCGUACUAGUGCGGUAAUGUAUGGUGGCACAUUUUAAGAAUUAAAAUUUGAUUAAUAUAUGUUUUGUUUUUUCUUCGUAAGUGUGUUGAAAAACGUCGUACGAAACACGUGUGCUUUGGUCAAUACACACAUCGGCUUUCUUCUAGCUCGCGCGUACAAUAUCGCCUCGACUGUAAUAAAUGACUAUAGCACACUUGUAUCAUAAUGUACCAUAAUCCACGCACGCUCCGAAAUUGUAAUUAUUAUUGUUUGUUUAAAAAAAAAACCCUAUCGGAGACUUAGUUUAAUUUAGGCUUCUUUACUAACUACGAUGUUUAUUUCGUUGCGGUGCUGCGUCACUUUCGAUUCACGUAAUUAGGAAAGAGAUGCAAAUAUCGCAACCCGAUAACAAACCACGAAGUAAAUGGGGUGAGACAAUUAGCUAUCAUUAUCGACAUUUUGACUUGAUAUCAUUAAUUUAUGUAAUAAGGUAAUUAGAUGUAAGGUUUAGUCAUUAAAGAUUUAUUAAGAUACA